GAAGCGGGCGGCGCGCGGCCAGAGUGGCCGCUGCCCAUAAAUAGCGGGGCGAGGCCGGGCCUCCGCAGGCGGCGGCAGCAGCUCCUCUUCUUCCCUGCGCGGGUUGUGUAAGAUUCAAGACCUGGAAAAAUGGCAUUGGCAGCAAUUGAUCCACACCAGAACAUUGUAUCACGGGUUGUAAACCUUCCCUUGGUGAGCUCCACCUAUGAUAUGGUGUCCACAGCUUACAUCACCACAAAGGAUAACCAUCCUUAUCUGAAGUCAGUAUGUGAGAUGGCAGAGAAAGGGGUGAAGACAAUUACUUCGGUAGCCAUGACAAGUGCUAUGCCUAUCAUCCAGAAACUGGAACCACAAAUUGUAGUUGCCAACAACUAUGCAUGCAUAGGUCUAGACAAAAUUGAAGAGAGACUGCCUAUACUGAAUCAACCCACUGACAAGGUUGUUGCUAAUGCCAAGGAUGUAGUUGUUGGAGCCAGAGAAGCUGUAACAACCACUGUGACUGGUGCCAAGGAAACUGUUGCUCACACAAUCACUGGAGUUGUGGGCAAAACUAAAGAAGCAGUGCAAGACAGUGUAGAAAUGACCAAGUCAGUUGUCAAUGGCAGCAUUAACACUGUCCUGGGAAGUCGUGUGGUGCAAAUGGUGAGCAGUGGAGUUGACAGUGCUCUCACUAAAUCGGAGACCCUUGUAGACCAGUAUCUCCCACUUACAGAAGCAGAACUAGAGAAAGAAGCUGCAAAAGUUGAAGGUUUUGAAGUUGGAGUUCAGAAGCCAAGCUACUAUGUUAGACUAGGAUCCCUGUCUUCAAAGGUCCGCACACGUGCCUACCAACAAGCCUUAAACAAAGUUAGAGAUGCUAAACAGAAAAGCCAGGAGACAAUCUUUCAGCUCCACCACACUGUUAGUCUGAUUGAGUAUGCCAGAAAGAACAUGAAUAGUGCCAAUCGGAAACUUCUUGAUGCUCAAGAAAAGCUUUAUCAAUCCUGGGUAGAGUGGAAGAAAAAAACAGGCCAAAAUGUUGGUGAUGAACCACAUAGCGCUGAGCACAUUGAGUCAAGAACUCUAGCUAUUGCACGGAGCCUCACUCAGCAGCUUCAGACCACCUGCCUCACACUGGUCUCAAGCCUACAGGGGCUGCCACAGAAUGUGCAGGAUCAGGUUUACAGUGUUGGGUCAAUGGCAGGUGAUGUCUACCAGAGCUUUUGGUCAGCAUCCUCCUUCCAAGAGUUAUCAGACAGCUUUCUUACCACUAGCAAAGGACAGCUGAAGAAAAUGAAGGAGUCUCUGGAUGAUGUGAUGGAUUAUCUUGUUAACAACACGCCGCUCAACUGGCUGGUAGGUCCCUUUUACCCACAACUGCCUGGCAUUCAGCAUGCUGAGAGCAAAGGUGAAGGGGAGGAAAAAUCCAGCCAGAAAGACAAACAGCCUGAACACACUGAUGAAUAAACUGCAUAGCAUGCAUAUAUUCUGCUGACUGACCAAACAAGUGGCCUUAGCAAGUGUAGCUGUCAAAAGCCUUGGAGCAAAAUCCAUAAACAUAGAAGUGGGGGAAUGAUACAAAGGAAGGACACUCUCACACAUUGGCUGUAUUGUUCUGUGUAGUUGAGCCACUCCAAAAAUUCAGACUGUCUUGAGUGCCUAAAUAUUGACAGCUUACAGUUGACAAGAUGCCUUGUUUGUUCGUCAAGAAACCUCACCAAGCUUAUUAAUGCUAUUAAUACCAUUAGUCUAAGAAACCUAACAUAGCUAAAAGCAUUAGAUUUAUUGCUUAAUCUGUACUAGUGAUGUGAAAGCCUUACGUACUACAAAAUGCAUUUAAAAGACCUACAGUCUAGCUACGCUUAAAUUUCAUGUUUGCUGCAGAGUCAUGCAUUUGAUUAUUACAGAUCUGACUGUUUCAAAUUCUACUGGUACACAAUUCAUGACAAAAGUGUUUGGAGUGCAGAAUUCCAAAGCUGAAAGUGGGGUUUCUGAAUGAGUCAGCUGGAGUUACUUAAAUGCUAUGACAGUGUAUUAUUAACUAUAUAAUCUUAAGUACUGUAUAACACAGUAACAUGACCAUAGAAUCACAGAAUAUCUCAAGUUGGAAGGAAGCCAUAAGGAUCAUCAAGUCCAACUCCCUGCUCCUUGCAGGACUGCUUAAAAGUAAAACACAUGACUCAGAGCAUUGUACAGAUACAACUUGAACUCUGACAGGCUUGGUGCCACGAUCACUUUCCUAUGGAGCCUGUUUCAGUGAAUGACCAAAUCAUUAUCCAUACAUGUUUUUAACAUGCAGUGUAGAGACAAGAUUCAUGCUGUUUGUAUUGAGGUGCCUGCUGUUGUGUGGGUUGUUGGUUUUUUUUGUAGCCCUCUUUUUGUAAUUCAUUUUGUAUGUUAGUAAUAAAUGCUUCAGUAGCUAAAGUCUGUCUCCAUUUCAGUGGUGUUUAAAACAAAUGUAACUUGCUGUUCUGUGAAUCCUUCAAACUGGGUCUAGCAGAAAGCAAGCUUGAAAUGCAAAUGAAGUAGACAUGCAUUAAAAAAUGUAUUUGUGUAUGUAUAGAUAAGUAAGAUAUAGCUGCAGCAUUUCCUCCUUCCCUUUGAGUUCCUGUGUAUUCUUCCAUUCAGUUUUAGCUUUGCUGCUGCUUUUUUGGUGCUCACUGUUGCCUGCCUUUAAUGAUGACCUAAGCUCUGAGCUGAUUGAUGUUCCAACAUUGGGAAGGAUAUGGACAAAAAAAACCCUGUCUUGCCUUUGCAGUAGGUGUUCUGUGUGCCUGAGGCUGUCAGCUACCUGCUUUGGCUGCUGGCUCCCUAUAAACAGUAUGUACUCCUUUAGCUGCAAACACCAGUUUUAACCUGUUUAUUUACCCUCCUUUGAACUUGAGUGACUAAUGUACAUUAACGCUGAUCUACAUGGAUAGAAUUUUUCCUUAGUAAAUCCUGUGAACCCUUCCUCUGGAACAGUAUUACAGUCAGUAAGAAAUAAGCUUUCUUAAGUGUAGCCCUGUCCAGGUAAGUUUUGUGUCUGUUCUCAACACGUCCUGUGCGAAUUUGAGUUGCAGUCAUCUUGUUUGGAAGUGCUGGUCACCAUUUUCAGAGAGGUCACCAGAUAGUGUGAAGCAAAAUGCAGUUCAAAGGGAGCUUGUCACCUAGUGAUACAGUGCUACAUGAAACAAUACUUCCAUCUGGUACAAUGUGGGCACUAAAGCAAAUUACAUGUUGUCUAGCUGUCUUCUAAUGUGAGAGGCCUUGCUUAGUUGUUGAGCCAGGGUUGGUCUAGAACUGUUAGGAAGACUGUUCUAAGCACAAAAUUAUAACAAGGGAUUACAGAUAAAGAUUCUGUAACUUCUAGCUUUAAAAAAAUGUGGUUUUUUGUAAGGGGGCUGUUUAAUAUGAAAUAACAUGAGAUGAUGAAAGAUUCCUUUUCAUGAUGAGGACCUUUCCAGGACCUGAGUUAAGACUUGCGGAAUUCUUUCAGCAAUUCAUUCUGUUUACUUUAAAUAUUUAUUGAGUCCAGCUAUAGACUAUCCUUUAUCUCCACUUACAAUAAAAUUUGUAGAUUGCAUCUAUGGUUGUGGGGUGCUCAGGAACUCAAUGGGACUAGGAACAGGUCUGGGAGCACCUGGCAGUUCAGAGAAGGGAAUUCCCAUUCCUACAUGCAUUUUAAAAUCUGAAGGUUGUGGUCCUUUAUUCUGAGGUGAUCAAUCAAAUAAGAUAUUCAAACUGCACUGUCUUUUGAGGACAGAAAUAAACAGUACCAUCUAGUAUUAAUGUAAGAGCAAUACAUCUCUUUGUUCAGCUGUAAGUUGCACUACUGUUUCAUAGUCUCUUAGAUGGCUAUCCAGCUGUACUGAAUGUCGGCAGGAAGAUGAGGUAGAGAGCAAGAAAAAAUGUUACCAGCCUAGACCUUCAAAUCAUUUCUCCCUUACCAUGCACUGUUGAGUGGCUCCUCUGUAGAAGUUACUUUGACUUCUGACAGUUGACCUACAACGGGUGGUUGCAGAGGAAUGCCUGGUUAAAUGCUUACCUAAUGCUUGUACUAAUAGCCUGUUACACCAAAAUGCUGUAUGCAGGUUCCUGUAUCAUGUUAUUGUGGCGUGUGGUUGUUUUGUUGGAUCCUGCCCCUCUCCCCCUCAAAAGUGUGUAAGUUUCUAUCCACACCCCCAAUAGAAUUAGGAACCCUUCCUUGGAGGAAAAGAGGGCUGAGUAACAGCAAAUCAGUAUGUUCCUGGUUUAUUAUAUUGAAUAAAAGUAUCUGGAUUGAAAUUAUUAGACCCUCCUAAUAAGGACAGCACUGAAUUUUUAAACUGAAUUGCAGCUGUAGCUUGAAAUAAAUUGGUAUUUUUCUCUAGCAUAGUUAAGUGUGACUGACUAUUAAAAUGCCCCCUGGAGGCAAGAAUGAUGAGACCUUCCAAAACCAUCUUUUUUUUUGCCACAGUGGACUGAUGUUGAAGUGUAUGCUAGUAAUGGCUGAAAACUCUCCAAUAGAAGGAGGAAAACCUAAGAUAUUAGUAGAGCAGAACCUGUUAAUAAAUUUUUAUUGCCAUCUUGUUUAUCUGUAAUUGCACAUAUUGUGCAACUCAGCUAUACUGCACAGAAACUUACUUGCUCUUAGUCCAAAUCCACUUUUUAGACUAUGGUUUGUGCUAGAAAGCUGUGAAUUCUCUUAGGAACCUUUUUAAAAAGAUAGACUAGAUAUGCUGAAAAUGAUAGGAAGUAUGUAUUUGCAGCAAAGCAGAUAAAGUAGAUGAAACAACAGUGUCAAAGGCUGCUAGUCACACAAAAGCUGGGAUAGUAAAGGUUAUAAUACUAAAAAAGUAAUAAUCCCUGGUAAGGUUAUUUAGGGUUUAUUUACAAUUCAGAAAAUGAUUGUUUCUCUUUAAGAGAUCACUCAAAAAUCAUUCAUGCUAGCUGACACUUCCUCUUUCCAGGCUCAUUUAACAGACAACUACUAUUCUAUCAUUGCCAAUAAGACUUUCAUAGCAAAGUUUUAAAUAUAAGCAUUCAUAAAUAGCUCCAUAUGGUAUAAAAGUUCUGCAAACAUAUUUAUAGCAGCAUACACAUGGGUCAAACACAAAUUACAAGGUUUGUAUAAGGACUGGAGCUGCACAGAUAGAGCUAACUUGUCUCAAGUGAAAGAAAGGUGGAAAGCUUUUGAAAUCUCUCCCAUUUCUUAAGAUGCCUUUUUUUUGAAAUAAUCUUUUCCAAACUGCAACUUAUAGUACAAUUAAUAGCAAGUAAAAUAGGUUGAAGGAUUUGGAAACAACUGAUAAUUUAUUUUUAUUU